AUCACGCACGAAACCCAUUCCAAUCAAUUUGCCCAUUCCUCUCCUUUUCUCCAAUCAGAUGGCUGAGGCGCGCCCCUUCCUCCUGUUGGCUCUCAUCUUCUUCUCCGCCGCCGUAGCAACCGCCGCGGUGAUCGACGAUGCCGAAGAUCUGCUCAUCCGUCAGGUGGUGCCGGAGGUCGAAGAUCACCUGCUCAACGCCGAGCACCACUUCUCCACCUUCAAGGCCAGGUUCGGCAAGACCUACGCCACCGAGGAGGAGCACAACUACCGGUUUGGAGUCUUCAAGAAAAACCUGAUCCUAGCCAAAUCGCACCAGAAGCUAGAUCCCUCCGCCGUCCACGGCGUCACCAGAUUCUCCGAUCUCACUCCGUCGGAGUUUCGCCGUCAGUUCCUCGGCCUUAAGGCUCCUCGCCAUCUCAAAGAUGCUCAGAAGGCUCCGAUCCUCCCUACCAACGAUCUCCCUACCGAUUUCGAUUGGCGUGAGAAGGGAGCAGUUACUGAGGUCAAGAAUCAGGGCUCGUGCGGAUCCUGUUGGUCGUUCAGCGCUACUGGAGCCUUGGAAGGAGCUCAUUAUCUGGCCACUGGCGAGCUUGUUAGCCUCAGUGAGCAACAACUGGUCGAUUGCGAUCAUGAGUGUGAUCCUGAAGAUUCUAGAUCAUGUGACUCGGGCUGUAAUGGUGGGUUGAUGACCAAUGCAUUUGAGUAUACACUCAAGGCUGGUGGAGUGAUGCGAGAGAAGGAUUAUCCUUAUACUGGAAGGGAUCGUGGCACUUGCAAAUUUGAGAAAAGCAAAAUUGCUGCUUCCGCGUCUAAUUUCAGUGUGGUUUCUGUUGAUGAAGAUCAAAUUGCUGCAAAUCUGGUGAAGCAUGGCCCUCUUGCAAUUGGUAUCAAUGCAGUUUUUAUGCAGACAUACAUCGGUGGAGUUUCAUGCCCAUACAUUUGCGGCAAGCAUUUGGAUCAUGGGGUUCUUCUGGUGGGCUAUGGUGCUGGUGCUUAUUCUCCCAUUAGGCUGAAGGAAAAGCCUUACUGGAUCAUAAAGAAUUCAUGGGGGGAGACCUGGGGAGAGAAUGGAUAUUACAAGAUCUGCAGAGGACGCAAUGUUUGUGGGGUGGACUCCAUGGUCUCAACCGUAGCUGCUAUACAGACCAACCACUAAACAUAAGAAUGUCUGAUCGUGAGCUGCUAUACAGACCAACUCAUUGUGAUUGUGGCACCAGGCUACUGGACUUUAUGUAAAUAAGUAGUGUGAUGUUUAUGGAUAAGGAAACUGUUAAGCUCAUGUCUAUUUAUUAUUAGAUGUAAUACUGUAAUUGUCUGUUAGCCAGUCUUACAAUGAAUUAUUGUCCAGGGCAGUUAUUAAUAGCUAUGGCAAUUUGGCAAGUAACGAUGGAAAAUUAUGUCUCUGAAUAGUAACUAUCCAAUUAUAUUUCA